GAAAAGAGAAGGGCUUCCGCUUCUGAUAUCUGAGAUUGAAUUCAAUAAGAUAGGAAAACUUUUCGUUCAUCAUGUGAAAAUGGUGGAGGAUGACUGCUUCUGGUUAUUAUUUUGCUGGGAGUGAGAGGAUAAACGCAAUUAAGCUAAGCUAUGAACGUGAUUCAUCCAGCAGUGCACCCAGUUGAGGCUCCACCGGUGACCGGCGCGGCCAAUGACGCGAUGCCCAGAGGCAGGAUGAUGGACAUCCAGGGCAUGCCCGGCACUACCGGUGGCCUCGUCCUCCGCUUCUCUCAAUUUGCUUUUGCCCUCCUCGCACUCUGCGUCAUGGCCACCACUGGCGACUUCCCUUCUGUCACCGCCUUCUGCUAUCUUGUCGCUGCUGUCAGCUUGCAGAGCUUAUGGAGCCUCACUCUUGCCAUUCUCGAUGUAUAUGCCAUUUUAGUAAAGCGCCGUUUCCGGAAUCCUAGAGUUGUAAGCUUGUUUGCCAUCGGUGAUUGGGUAGACAUGGCAUCGGUUGGUUUUGAUAAACCAAAAGGACUGUAUAUAUUAUCACUGCCUUUUGUCCUGAUCUUUUGUUGUUGGUGACACCAUUUAGGCGGAAUUGGACAAACUUUAAGGAUCACUUCCACACUUACAUUUGCCGCAGCUUGUGCAUCUGCUGGUAUCACUGUUCUUAUUGGCAAUGAUAGGAAUGAUUGUGCAGUGAACCAUUGCACUAGAUUUGAGACAGCAACCGCUAUGGCAUUUAUGAGUUGGUUUGCUGUCUCGCCUUCCUUUAUUUUGAAUUUCUGGUCUCUGGCAUCCAAAUAAAAGACGUGAAGUGUUUUUCUGUGUUUUGGAAGUAGUA